AAGAGGUUUACAAGGGUCUCCUGUCAGCUUUCCUCUUGCUCGAUUCCUUUCAGACACCCUGACCUGUGUUACAAACCUAGCUAUUCUAUUCUUUUGUGCUGAAAUUUGAUCACAGAUGUCAUUCAGAUCCUGAGCAGAAAAGUCUCAGUUAUAAUCCUGACCUUGAAGUGUCAUUUGUAUGGAUUAUUUUUGAAAAGACCAGCUAUAAGAAAAUGGCAGCGAAUCAACUAGAGGAUGUGAUUCAAAGAUGGAGAACAACUGAAGACUUUAAACCAGAGGACCAUAAGCUCUUUCUGAAUGCUGGACAUACAUGCAUUGCCCAAGGUGACUGCACUCAUCUCCUGGACUUCAUUAAAGAUGAGGCCAAUCAGCACAUAGUGAGGUCUAUGGGCAGUGGUCUACUUCCUGCACUGGUGAAUGAAGUGCGGAGAAAGGACCAGAGUUCUGCCAACUUUCAGGCUAUCCUCAAUCAUCUUGUACAGAUCUGCAGUGUGAAAGAACUCCUCGAUAUUUUACUUAAGCAAGUGGAGGACACCGAUCCAAAUGCCAUCGCAGACUCCAUCAUUGCUCUUAUGCCUCUUAUUCAGUCAGUGCUGUUGAGAAUGGGUGAGUCCAAGGCCCAUGGAUUGGCUUUGGCUCUUGAUUCACUGCAGAAACAGAUUUCAAAGCUGCCUGUACCUUACUCACACAAACAGGAAGAGGAAGAUGUGUACGGGCUCUGUCGAAGCUGCACUGCAGUACUGACCUUUGUACAACCCUUUGUGCAGGAAGUCAAGAAUCAAGAGACAAACUCAGUGGCCACCAAACUAAGAGCUGCUCUUCUAAAGUUUUGCAUGGAGAGUCUAAGGGAACCUCUCCUCCAUGUUGAGCUGGACAGAGAGGCGAACAUGACAGAAACGUCACCCUUGUGGAAUUUUGCCACAGAAAUAAUGGCAAUUCUAGCAGUUAUACAAGAAUCUCUGCCAAAAAUCCUGUUCUAUCAUCCUUUGAAAGGAAAAGAAGACACCAUUUCGGAGAAAGAUGCCUGUCAUCUAAAUGAAUCAAGAGCUUGCAUGGCUUACUUGCUUUUUGUCCAGCUUAUUGCCAUAGAAGUGUUUCCUACAGUUUUUUGCCCUGUUUUCGUCCUGCAGUGCAAUAUGGAAUACAUCAAUCUUCUUUUAAAUAGAAAGGAUGAAUCAUGGAUACUGAAAGGACUGGACUUACACGUUAAAAGUUUGGAAAGAGUAACAGACUGCAGUCUUCCAGUGGAGCUCUUAGAUCUGAAACCAUUUCAUGAGGUUCCAAAGAACUUAAUUACAAUUAUGAUUGACUGUCCUAUACAGCAUUUGAGAGGAAAAAGUCUUGUGGUGUUCCAGCUUUUUAUAGAGAAGCUUAAUGGUGAAGCGAAGCACACAUUUUUCAGACGCAUCAUGAAGACGAGCCAUCAUGCAGGUGUAGAAAGUAUCAUCAUCAAAAACAUAAAGACUCAAGUGGAACGGUACAGAAAGUCAGCCUACGAAGACAGUUGGUUUGAGGGGACUCCGCUCAUCUCACUGCUCAGAGACACUAUUAUUCUCCCACAGGGCCAUGAAACUGACUUGCUACAUGGGAUGGACAGGGUAAUGGAGUCUCUGAAUCUUCUGCGGUAUUUAUUGAUCCAGGAAAGAAACGAUUCUACUGGGAUAUGGAUAGACCUGUGCCAUAUUGCAAACAGUUACACAAAAUUAUUACGCCUAUGUCUAAGCAUGUCAAAAUCCUACUAUGGGACAGAGUUAAGAAGACUUAGAGAGGACAAAAAGAUCAAGGCUAAAGAAUUUAAGGAGGCCUCUGGGAAGAUAUCAAUUCAGAGCUUGACUGUGAAAACGGAGAUGCUUGGCAACAUGCCGUGUGAGGCACAGGAUAAGGUCUUGCAGUGUGCCCUGGUCACAUAUGACUUAAUGGAAAGCCUUGUGGUCCGUAUAGAGGAAAUCAUCGAGGACAGUCAAAACUGAAAUGGGGACAACUGCUGCUUUCUGAACUGAAUAAUGCAUUUAUGAAUUUAUUUGUUUACCAUCCCUGUAGCAUGACACAUUUGAAACGAUAAAAAAAGGAAUGUAAGAGCAACAAUAUAAAUAUUUUCGAUACUAUUCUGUAUUCUGACUUUUACAACUUUUCCAGCACAAAUAAAAGUUGGACAUUUUUCUUCUG